CACGGAGCGGAGAGGAUCUCACAGCAGUACAGAUGUGAUUACAUUUUGAAGAGGUAAAACAAGAUUUCUACCAUUGUAUUCCGGGCACUAUGCAUUUAUUGGAGGGGGGCAUAUAAUUCUAUGAGAUGAGGAUGACACAAUAUGUCCCUUUUAAGGGAAGGACUGCUGCAUCAGAUUGCUUGGGAAUAGUGGCACACAGAGAUGACAGCUCUGAGACUUCUUGGUCAGAGAAUGUUCACCAAACAAGACAAAACUCUCAGCCCCUUCAUCUUCCAAUUAAACAGCAAUGGACUGGUGAUACAUGUGCUACUGAGCUUAAACUGACUGUUACUCCUCCAACACCAGACACUACACCUGAUUCAGAACAGAAAGGCUUUUCCACCAAUGAUCAGUCUUUUCACAAAAAAGGUGCCCCACUUGGUUCCUCCCUCCAGAAAGAAAUGUAUUGUGCAGAGACCUCAGAUUCUCCUAACUAUCCAAUUCCUAGGCUCAUAAUAACACAGGAUUGUAGCCCCAACAGCUGCCUUUCCUUCACUUCUCCUCCACUGCCUGAGACCACCAGUGUUUUGGACAUACCCCUAUCCAGGGAAGCAGAAUCUCCAUGUUCUGAUAGUGGCUGUGGUGGAUCCCCAGUACCUUCUCUUUUUCUACGUAAACUCUCCAGCUCAUCUGGCCUUUCUUCUGCUUCAUCCUUUGAAGAGUCUGAAGAUGACUUUGGUGGCAGUGACAUGGAACCCAAUGGACUGCAUUACCUUCUUUGUAGUCCAGAAGACCAGGGAGUUCCAAGCAAGUCCUGGAAGAAGCUGAAGAACAUGGUCCAUUGGUCACCGUUUGUGGUGUCCUUCAAGAAGCAGUACCCAUGGAUCCAGUUGGCUGGACAUGCAGGUAAUUUUAAGGCCGGAGAAUAUGGGAAAAUACUAAAGAAAUUCUGCGAGAGUGAGCAACAGUGUUUGGUGGGGCUGAACCGGGAUAUCCUGCGGCCCUUUGUCCCAGGCUACUAUGGGGUGGUGGAGAAAGAAGGCGAGAAUUACAACCAAAUGGAAGACCUUUUGUCUGAGUUUGACUCUCCAUCUAUUAUGGACUGCAAAAUGGGUGUAAGGACAUAUUUGGAAGAGGAACUAGUAAAGGCUCGGGAAAAGCCCAAGCUGAGAAAAGACAUGUAUGAGAAGAUGAUUGCUGUUGAUCCCAAUGCACCCACUGAAGAGGAGCACAGACAGAAGGCCAUUUUAAAGCCACGAUACAUGCAGUGGAGAGAGACUCUUAGCUCCACUGCUACUAUGGGCUUUCGAAUAGAAGGCAUCAAGAGAGCAGAUGGGUCAUGUGACACAAACUUUAAGAAAACACGGCACAAGGAGCAAGUUAUUAAUGCUCUGAGAGACUUUGUGGACGGAAAUAAGAAUAUUUUAAGAAAAUAUCUGGUGCGAUUAAAAGAGCUUAGAACUGCGCUGGAGAAAUCUGAGUUUUUUAAAUCACAUGAGGUUGUUGGAAGCUCCCUUCUGUUUGUCCAUGAUUCCUCAGAGCAAGCAAAGGUGUGGAUGAUUGACUUUGGGAAGACUGUUCGACUCCCUUGUACACAGAUGUUAAACCAUCGUUCACCCUGGGUGGAGGGAAACCGUGAGGAUGGAUACCUGUGGGGGUUAGACAAUUUGAUAAACAUUUUUACUGAAAUGGUGCAGGAAUAGACAUUAACUCUUGCCUUCUUAAACUGGAAAUGAUCCACACAAUGGUAUACACGGACCCUUAUUUGCUUGUCAGAAUGUGGACUAGAGCCUUCCCAAAACACUUACAGAGAAGGCAGCUGGCAGGCAAGUCACGUGGAUCUCUUAUUCUCAGCCCAGGGGACUGGAGCAACAAGCAAAGACAAGAUUUUUCUGGAAUGCAUUUUUAGGUGUUUUAUAAUGUUCUAUUUAUGCCUGUAUAUUCUCAAGAGAACACAACACUGGAUAGAUUGUACCUACAGUACAGUUUUAAAGCUUUUUGUUAAACAGGAUUCAGAGCUUUUUUUUUUUAAUGUAUAUUUUUAUUACUGCAACCAAAUAUGAAUCUCUGAUUUAUGCUGUAUUUUAUUAUAUCAUGUUUUUAAUGGUUCAACUUUAUAAUUGGGAGGAAGGGUGGCAUAGACUUUUUUUUUUUUAUUUAACAAUGUACAGUGGAAGCGGAGUUUUUAUUGUUUUUUUUUUUUGUUAUAAUAUUUGUUUCCAUGCUUAACCAAAGAGAGUAUACAAAUUACAGAUGGACAGCAAUAAACCCUCUUCCAUGUUGUCCUGGGGUGUGAUGAACAACACAGAUGGAUAGUGAAAACAACUGGCAUUGUGGGCUGAUACUGAGUAUGUGAGAUCAAACCUUAUUGGAAUGGUAGAAUGCUCUUCUCUAAGUCAUCCUAUUCUACAGAAAUAGCCAGCUUGGGGUGGCUCUCAAGAGGUGGCUGAGUAACAGCUAUCUGAGAAGGUUGGAAUUCAGCACCAGCUUGAGAAUAACAGGAAAGCCAUCUCAAUAUUCCUGUACUGCUCACAGCUGUCUGGUUCCCAUGCCAGUACAUAGCUGCCAGAUGGAUUAUAGUGCAGUACAAUUGGAACUUACUGAUUUCACUGAAUAAAAUCCACAAAAACAGCAUUCA